AUGGCUUCAUCAAGUUCUUGUAACUCUCCUUGUGCUGCGUGCAAGUUCCUGAGGAGAAAAUGCAUGCCUGGCUGCACCUUUGCACCUUAUUUUCCACCGGAGGAUCCACAAAAAUUCGUAAACGUUCACAAACUCUUUGGUGCCAGCAACGUCACGAAGCUUCUCAGCGAAGUCCAACCACACCAGAGAGAAGAUGUGGUGAAUUCUCUUUCAUAUGAAGCCGAAGCCCGGGUAAGAGAUCCUGUUUACGGAUGUGUAGGAAUCAUCUCCAUCCUCCAAAGACAAAUUGAUGGCCUUCAAAAGGAUCUAGAUGCUGCAAACGCUGAUUUGAUGCGAUAUGCGCGUAAUGCUAUGCCUGUCAUGCCUCAUUUGAGUUCGAUUCAGCCAGCUACUUCACAGCAUAGAACCAUCGAUCAUUUUUCUGCAAAGAGUAUUGGUGGAUUGUACCAGCCACCACCUCCUUUUCCUAAUCCUUAUGCUGAUCGUCAAUGGAAUUUCUAUAACUCUUUUAAUUCUCGAGGGAAUUUGAGUGGUGGUGGUAGUGGUGGUGCUGGCGGCGGAGUCAGCGGUGAAGGUAAUAUAUAA